CUAAUUUCACAGCCAAGUAGAAAACUUGAUUGUCAUUUGCAACUCUAGCAUUGUGUGUGAGAAACAGUGCUAGAAAUUUGAAAUUCUUUGGCUAGAAUUACAAAAAAGAGAGAUGGCGGGUAUGUCUGGUCACUGGGCUUUUGCUUUUGGUGUCCUCGGUAACAUCAUCUCGUUCGUUGUGUUCCUUUCUCCAAUACCCACGUUUUAUAAGAUUUACAAGAAGAAAUCAACAGAAGGGUAUCAAUCAAUUCCAUACGUGGUUGCUCUCUUCAGUUCAAUGCUUUGGAUAUACUAUGCUUUCCUGAAGACAAACACGACUCUUCUAAUCACUAUAAACUCCUUCGGUGUCUUUAUCGAAACUAUCUACGUUGGUUUCUACCUUUUCUACGCACCAAAGAAGGCCAAGGUCCAAACUGUGAAGAUGCUCUUAUUAUCAGUGGUUGGUGGAUUUGGUGCAAUUAUCCUUGUUACUCAGUUUCUGUUCAAAGGGGACGUUCGUGGGCAAGUGGUUGGAUGGAUUUGCCUUGUGUUUUCAUUGUGUGUGUUUGUAGCUCCCUUAGGCAUUGUGAGACAAGUAAUCAAAACAAAGAGUGUGGAAUACAUGCCACUUCUCCUAUCAGUUUUUCUCACAUUAAGUGCCGUCGCGUGGUUCUUCUAUGGUCUUCUUCUAAAGGACAUUAACAUAGCUGCUCCAAAUGUACUGGGAUUCAUCUUCGGUAUACUCCAAAUGGUGCUCUAUGCAAUAUACAGUAAGAAAGAGAAGAACGUCUUAAAGGAGCAGAAACUUCCAGAGAUACAAAAGCCUGAAGUCAUUGUGAAGAAUGAGAACAUGAAUGCUAAUAAGAAGCUUCCAGAACUCACGCAGGAACAGAUUAUUGAUAUAGUGAAGCUGGGUUUGCUGGUUUGUUCAGAUAAAGUACAGGUAGCCACGUGUCCGCAUGAUACUAAUUGUGGAGUUAAAGCAGCUAAUAAAGUAGAAAACAUGCCCAAGCUGCAAACAGUGGCAACCUAGUACAUGGCAAAUCAGGCUUGGAAUUGGCAUUGAAGUCUAAGUGCCACUAAUUCCUUUGGUUAACUUUUCCGACGUAAUAUAUUGUGAUAUGUUUGUACACAAGUUAUCUAUGUUGAAUAUAUAAUUAAGUAAUUAAAAGUGUGUUCUCUCUAACAGCUUAAACUUUUAGGUGAGAUAAUCACACUUUAAUAUUCUGAUCUAUAUAUGUGUGCUAAUAUUUUAUGUAA